GUGCACUUAUCUUUCUUAAUGACAAAAGAUUAUCUCUGACUCUGAGGAAAGGGAAAAUGUUCCGUACGAUACUUCAGACGCAAAAGGUGUCCUGUCACUUGCUCGAAAUUGUCCUCAUUCUAACAUUAAAAUGCUUUGAGCAACCGCGACCAGACGCGCUUAGGUAGGGGCACUGGUCUGUUCUAUUUGGUCAUGAUUACAUUGUGAGUGACAAUAUUAUUGGCAUAAUUAACUUGCGUAGCACGCUUUGUCUAAACAAAUCGGUAUGCGACUCCUGUUGGUCAUGCAUUGCGUGGCAGGUUGCUCCGACUGUCUGAACAAGAAAGGAAACGUUUUGUUGUCCAAAGCAAUAUCACCCGAGGUCAUUUUUACGAUUGGGUGACUGUAAAGUAAGCGGGCUUGGCGUUGCAGGGAUGUCGAGCCUAAAGCUGAUUUCAGCAACUGAUACCCAGUUUCCUGCAUCAGUGCUGAAGUCUAUCAAUGAACAGAGGAAUAAUGGAUUGUUCUGUGAUGUCACCAUCAUUGUCCAAGAUCGUAAAUUUAAAGCACACAAGAUAAUGUUGUCAGCAUCCAGCACUUACUUUCGACAGCUCUUCUCUGUAGCGGGACAGGUCAUUGAGUUAAAUUUUAUCAAGGCAGAAAUAUUUGAGGAGAUUUUAAACUAUAUUUACACAUCCAAAAUCAGCAGAGUCCGCUCUGACAAACUCGAGGAUUUGAUUUCAGCUGGCCAAAUUUUGGGCGUGAAGUUUAUUGCAAAUUUAGGUGUGCCGCUCGCUCAAGUAAAGGGCUUACCUGGGUUGUCAAAAGAUGCAGAAGUCAGUGGCUCCAACUCAGAGAAAAAUGAAUCUGGCACAGAGAACAUGCCCAUUAUUACUGAGUCAUUUUCACUUUCUGCAGAAGAAUUCAAUAUGUCCAAAGAUGCAGAUGCAGAUAAUGAUGAUGUUCUCUUUGUUUCAAAAUCAGAGCCUUCAAAGGCAGGUUCCAAUAGAAAAACCUCAGAAAUUAUAGAUUUGGAUGCUGAGGAAGGACUCUCUAAAAAGGGAGGGAAUGAGCAAUCUAAGGAAGUUAAUAGUGAUGCCUCAAAAGAAUUUGAGAGAAAGGAGAAAGAUCCCAUGACUGGGAAAGCAGAUGGAGGGAAAGAGUCUCACCAAAAUUCUCCUCUUCCCUCCCAGCGGGACCCUGUCUCCCUCUCUGGGCCCAUGAUGUCCCCAGACAGCAUGACCAGCGUUCCCAGCUCUCCAGCAGGGUCCUCCACUCACAGCCAGCCCACCACACCAGUUCGCACAAAUAGCCUCGCAUCUGAGCUUCACAGCCCUCCCCUGCCUAUUGAUAGUAAUGAAGUAUUAGGAGUUCAGAAGAAGAAGGUGACCACCAUACUAGAACAGUCUCCGGACAGACAGGGCAAAAUUAAGCUGUCUGAUGUACGGGGACCAGCUGGUGGCAAGAGCAGUCCCGGUGGGAGCGCGUCCCAAACUGUUGUCACGGCUAAAAAGACAAUAACGUUAGAUAAAGCUUCGGAGAUUGACUCGCUGUCCACAGGAUGCAAAGUGUACGCCAAUAUUGGAGAGAACACCUAUGACAUUGUCCCAGUCAAAGAGGAUCCUGGUGAAGGGGACUCAAGAACCGGUGUUGGCAAGAAGUCCACUGGCACAGGGGAUGCUUCUAGUCUCUCACCCCGUGGCCCUAGCAAAAAGAAAGCAAAGAUGGAGUCUGAAGAUCAUUAUGAGCUUAUCAUGGAUGGCAAGACCUUCUAUGUGUGCAUCGUCUGCAAGCGCCCAUAUGUAUGUCUGACGAGUCUCAGACGACAUUUUAAUACCCAUUCCUGGGAGAAGAAGUAUCCAUGUCAUUAUUGCGACAAAGUCUUUGCCCUGGCUGAGUACAGAACAAAGCAUGAAAUCAGCCACACUGGUGAGCGGAGGUAUCAGUGUCUGCUGUGCAAUGAGACAUUCAUGAAUUACCAACUGCUCUCCUCCCACUGUAAACAGGUCCACAACCAGGACCCAUCUGGGAGAAAAGAAAAAGAUGACAAUGAAAACAACUUGUACCGUCUCCUGCCCUGUAAGACCCUCCAAUUCAAGCCUUACUCUUAUGUGUCUGAGAGCGCAGGGGGCAUUCCGGUCAUUAAUGAGGAAGGCAUCGUUCAGCACAUCAAUCCUGGGCGAGCACACUUUACCAACCAGGCGCUUCAGCCCUCAGGCCAGAGUAAGAUUUUGAGCUGGGAUGACAUCUUUGUGGAGCCAGAUGCUCACACAAGACCUGGGGCACAUGCCCGACCCUUGGUGCACCCUCGCCCUGGUGCUAGUGUGAACGCUGAGGGCUCAGAGUUUGAGUUUGUCAUACCAGAGACAUACUGAGCUGAAGAGCUCAGGGACUGAUCUGGGACUGGUGCCUUCCCCUUAGACUUUAUUUAGGAAUCAUGUUUUUGGGUCCAGAUUUAGCAGAUUUGACUGUUCAGCAGUAGACAAUUUGACAUCGACAUCAGACAUAUGCACAGUGACUGUCAUAUUGCUGUGUCCUUAUUUUAUAGUCGUUGAUGUGAACUGUCUGAUACAAUUAACUUCAUGACACAAAUGUUACCAAAUGCUAUUAGUUAAUUUGCUAAAUUGCCUCUCAUCCUGAGUACUGUUGACAGUUUCAUACUAUUGUGUGGUGGUGG